AUGAAUACAGAGGAGGCGGUAUCAUUACAACAUAGUAUAUUCAGCUUUAUUAACAUUGGCGACUCAAACAAGGCCAUUAGAUUGCUGGAAGAUGAUGCUACAUUGUUGUUUGCGACAGAGGACCACUAUGGUCUAACAAUCUUACAUCUGGCCGCUCAGAAACGAAUGGCUACACUGAUCAAACACAUACUCAAGACUUCGCAGGCAUUCGAUCACUUUGACAUUGACAAACUAGACUCAAACAACAACACGGCACUUCACUACUCAUGCGCUGACUCCAUCGCAGAGAUCUCGUCGUCAGCCGCCACCCAGAUGCUGAUGUCUCAAGGCGCACCAUCAUCACCGAACGCACAACAACAGGUGGUGGUGUUGAGUGAUGAUCAUGAUGAACAAGACUACGAGUCGAGGGAGAGUCGACAGCUGGACAUUGUGAAGAGACUGCUGGACAAGGGAGCCGAUCCCAUGGCCAAGAACAAGUUGAACUUGCAGCCCAUACACCUGGCCACCAAGUCAGCGUCAUAUAGCGUAUCUGCACUGCUCGUUGAGUAUGGUGCAGACGUCAAGCUGCCACACGAGAAGCUGCUUGACGUUGACUUUAUGUCACUUCAACUCAAGUCCCUGUUGCCACUGUCGAGCUACGAGCAGCGACGAAGCGACGAGAGGAAACAGAAGAUCGUUGAGAGGUUGGGUGGCACGCGAGGUGUCGUCAAGGAUGGCCCAACAUGUCUACACUAUGCACUUGGCAAUGUAUCAGCAUUGCUGCGACAGAUCAAGGAGCUGCACUCGAUGAAUGUGGAGGCAGAGUCGUUGUGGGGCCGAGACAUACCCUAUGUGUCGCUCAUUCAAUUGUUGCUGAGCAAGGGUGUCAAUCCCAAUGCCAUCGACAUUGUCACUGGACACACGCCACUCUCAGAGUUCAUUCAUCGAUUCCCAGACACAAUGGAGCUGUUGGAGCAAUAUGGACUAUCAGGGGGACAACAGCAGCAGAAGUUGCUGCGCGAUCAUUUCAUUGUCGUGUUCCGAAGGAUACUCAAUCUGAUUGUGAUCGAUCAUUCAUGCGACCUAUCCCUGUGCGACCAGCCAAGCAUGGACGGCAUGGAGUCCGGAGACAAUGUGCUGACAAACUCUUCAUCAAAGCCAUCAAAGUUGUUGCCGCUAGUAUGUUUGUUGCAAACAAUCAAGAGUCUUGGAAGUGGCACGGACAAGGUAUUGGAGGCAAAGAACAGCAAGGGUCAGACAGGACUGUUUGUCGCAUGCUCAGUGGGCAACAUUGAUGCUGUUGGACGGUUGCUAGAGGCUGGUGCCGACGCCAACACAUCGGAUACAUUCGGAAACACACCAAUACACGAAGCGUUAUCAUUCGGAUAUUCAGACAUUGCCAAGAAGUUGGUUGCAUGUGGCGCCGACGCCAGUCGACCAAUGGCCGUAUUCCCACAGUCGACACCAUUGCAUGUGGCCGCCCAACAAGGUGACCUUGACCUCGUGGAGUACUUGCUCAGACAUGGUGCACUGCUUAGCGCGCUUGAUGGGGAGAAGCGAACUCCAGUUCAAGUGGCCGAGAGCGAUGAGAUUGUCGACUUCCUGCAAGGACACGUUCAGGUGGAGUUGGUCAACAAGUCAAUGUUUGUGUUGCCAAAGUAUGACUUUCAGCGCGAGUUGGACGUGGCCAUUGGGAAUCAAUAUGGAAAUGUAGCGAGCAGGACACUACGAGUGAUUAGCAAGACUGAUGAACAGGUCACAAUCCAGCUGGAUCAGACAUUGUUGGCCAGUGGACUGUCCAUCAAGAUCAAGAGGAAGGGCGACACAUUAUUCAAGUUCAUCAAGCUUUAUCAUCGCACUUACCUACAUCUAGUUGCGGCGAUACAAGAGCGAUUCAAUGAGGGUAGCGCAUCGAUCGACAGUUUCCAGCAAUCAAUCAAGACCAUUAUAUUGCUACCAAACGUUCUGAUACAGUCUGAUCGCGACCUAGAGUUCCUUGUGGAUAGAGAUGAGUUGGAAGUGGAGUUCAAAUGA